AUGCUCGCAAGCAUUUCAAUCCGGUGCAGGCCCGCCUGCUGCAGCCUCCAGGCCGGGGUGUUGUCGGCAUCCGCCACGUCUCUCUUCCUCUCCCUAGCUCGGCCUUCCACGCUUAGCUCGAAGCCUCGCGCUGCAGCGGCUGCGCACAGAACCUUUCACUUAACAGCCAGACGUCUCUCCUCCGAUGCUCCGCCCUCGUCCUCAUCCCCACGACUUUCCUACCGUGUCGCUGUGUCCUCGUCCGGCAAAGGCCGCCGCUUUCACCCUCUCAAGAAUGCAUAUAACUUCGACCCCAACGCCCCCGACGCACUAGGGGUGCUCACAUUAGACAAGAGCCCCGCCAACCGACGGCGCCACCGACCAGAUAGCGGCGAAGAUGCCUUUUUCGUAAGCCGCAUCGGGUCGCGGCAUUCCGAACAACAACGGCAAGAAGGCGCGGACGCGAUCGCCUUCGCCGUAGCAGACGGCGUCGGCGGCUGGACCGAGUCGCGCGUUGAUCCGGCGGAUUUUUCACAUGGGCUAUGUGCCUACAUGGCGCACACAGCUAUGGCAUGGGAUGAGCCCGCGCACAAACUGCGGCCUAAGCAGCUACUACAGGCUGGGUAUGACCAAGUGGUAGCGGAUCCCAGCAUUCGCGCUGGUGGCAGUACUGCCUCCGUGGGCGUGGGUCUCCCUGACGGCCGUGUCGAACUGGCGAACUUAGGAGACUCGGGCUCAGUGCUGCUUCGGAUGGCGGCAGUUCACCACUAUUCCGUCCCGCAGACGCACGGGUUCAACACACCCUACCAGCUGAGCAUCAUCCCGCCGCGCAUGCGCGCACAAGCCUCGGUCUUCGGGGGUGCUUUCCUGGAGGACUUCCCGCGCGACGCUGUCGUCACCAACAUCCAAAUGCAGCACGGCGAUGUGCUACUGCUCGCCACGGACGGCGUGUUCGACAAUCUCAACAACCAAGACAUCCUCAAGCUGGUCACCAGCCGCAUGGUUCUGACUGGAGCUUGGACAGCCACUCCAGAGCAGGGCAUCAGCGUCGCAGAUAACCUGAGCUCUCUAGCUGCUCCAGGCGGACUGGUGGCUGCGUUUCCUCCGCCAUCUGAGUCUGCUGACUCGGCUACCCGUCCCGAAAGUGCUCUCACGCUUCAAUCGCUCCUCGCAGCCAGUAUAGCCGGCGAGGCCAAGAUGGCCAGCGUUGACUACCGCCGUGAUGGGCCUUUCGCCAAAGAGGCCCAGCGGUCCUAUCCCGGGGAUCAUUAUCGUGGCGGCAAGGUGGAUGACAUCUCUGUCCUGAUCAUCGUUGCGGUGGAUGAGAGUCUGGAUCCGGAAAAGAAAGAUCGGUAA